AGCUUAGUUAGAUCCACAUGAUCCGACAAGUACUGGUCAAUGGAAUUAUCUUAGCCAUUGCCUUGCGGUAGUGAAACCAUGGUUUGAAGCUGCAGCUUAUUCCGAUUCUCCAAGCAACGAAGUUGACCGAGGAAAGAGAGGGCCUGUCAGAAAGCAGCAAAGUUGAGGAAGACGAGACAAGUUUCCUGUCCUCGAAACUCCAUGGCUGCAUGAAGGUCUUUCAGUUUCAACAGGAUAGGAUUGCUUCAUAAUCUUAACUCACAAGUUUCUGAUGAUAUUGCCAAGCUCAUCCAUCAUUUUUCAUGGUGACAGGAACAUUCACCCUCUGUUACUGCUUGCUGUUCCCGGAUCAACAUUCCCUCGCUCAUCAGAAGAAUCAUUUCUGGUUCAGUUGAUGUGACCAUGCUACAUACACUCCCAAGAACUGCCCUGCAAAUGGUGUCACCACCCACUGGUACUCGAAAUAAAUACAAAGAAGAAUGGACCAAUAGGAGAUGAGGAAGAUGAAAGGAACACAAUCUGAUUGACCCAGUAUGACAGCAGCGGAAGGACCACACUCCCAUCAGCAUUUUGACUCAACCAAAGAAGAAUGGACCAAUAGGAGAUGAGGAAGAUGAAAGGAACCCAAUCUGAUUGGUCCAGUAUGACGGCAACGGAAGGAUCACACUCCAUCCUAAGCAUUUUGACUCAACCCCUGCUCACUAGUUUCAUCUUUUCUUAAUAGAUUUAGCUUCAUUUCCGAGUGAAGACACAUCAACAGCCAAUCACCAUGAGAAGUUCUUGGAGGACAUGUUAUUUUUCUUCGAAGGAAACAUUGAGAUGUGUUCUUGUUUGAUUCAACAAAUGGAGAUUGCUAAACAUUUUGUGCUAACUUGACUGACAAAUGUCACUCAGAAGCUGUCAGGAAUUGUGCUUUCAGAAAGUUUUGGUGUCAAUUCUUCAUGCGAUUUCCAUGGUUUUUUAUCUUUCAUGUUUGUUCAUUGUUCCACAGGGUUGGGGAAAGCUCACUACAUGGGUUCUUCUUGAACUCUGCACCACAAUCUAACUAUAAUUCAAAUCGGUCUUUAGAUUUGAUUCCGCCGACAAAGAUUUCAACUCAAUAUAAGACGUUUUGACUUACCACCUGAACUCAACUCCCAUUUCUUUUUCUGGUCACCUUCCCCAUAUUGUCUUCCCCUUCUUCUCUCUAUAUACGCAUCAAGUUGCAGUCUUGGAGCGAGAUUCUGCACCAUUCCAAGUGUUUCUCGUCACAGGAAUGGAGGCUUCCACUGAUGAUGAUCGACUGGGCUUCGGGAAGAUGGGACAUGGGUGCAAGCAUUACAGGAGGCGGUGCAAGGUUCGAGCUUCCUGCUACAAUGGGAUCUUCUCCUGCCGCCACUGUCACGACGAGUCCACGGUGGCAAAAUCUUUUGGUGAUUGGAAUCAGAAGGAUCGGCAUGAGAUCUGCCGCUUCGAUGUGGAAAGGGUGAUCUGUUCGAUUUGUGACACAGUGCAAACGGUCGCACAGAUUUGCUCGAAUUGUGGGGUCAACAUGGGCGAAUAUUUCUGUGGAGUGUGCGGAUUUUACGAUGACGAUAUUGAGAAAGCACAGUACCAGUGCAGUGAUUGCGGUAUCUGCAGAGUUGGUGGCGGAGAGACCUUCUUCCAUUGCCAGAAAUGUGGAUCCUGCUACUCUGUACACUUGUUUAACAAGCAUUCAUGUCUGGAGAACUCAAUGAGACACCAUUGCUCCAUCUGUUAUGAGUAUCUCUUUGACUCCAUGAAUGAAACAACAGUGAUGAAAUGUGGGCACACAAUGCAUACAGAAUGUCUCCAUGGAAUGUUGAAGCAUGAAAACCAUUUUUGGGGUGUCUUGGGAUACAGAUACGGUUGUCCAAUAUGCUCCAAGUCAUUGAUUGACAUGACAAAAGUCUGUAGGAAGUUGGAUGAGGAGAUAGAAGAAAUAGAAAUGCCUGAGGAUUAUAGAUCAAGAAAGGUGUGGAUCCUCUGCAACCACUGCAAUGACAUUACUGAAGUCUUCUUCCACAUUAUUGGCCACAAAUGCUGUCACUGCCAAUCCUACAACACUUGCAUGAUUGCUCCCCCUGUAAUCCAUCAAUGACUGGGCUCUGCUCUGAAACAUUUAGGAUUGAUGAGCAACUCAAAUGCCUCUGGUGGUGUCUCCUUUCUGAUUCCAAGCUUAAUUGAUGUAUACAUACAAAAUGUUUUGGAUCUCCUGGACUAGAUUUGGUUGUAACCAUUUAGUGUACUUAGUACAUUUGGAUUA